AUGAUCAACACCCAAAGAGUCAAAAACAGAAAGAAACACACAACUAGAUCGCAACUUGAGAAAAAUUCAUCAGGCUCUGGCUCUGAUACCCUUGAGGGUUAUAUGGAUCAUGAUACUACGAUCUUGUCCAGCGUUACUUCUAGUAAUUCCGGUAAGAAUUAUCAGAUCGGGGAUAGAGAGUUGAAAGCAUUGUUGGAAAGUUAA